GGUGGGGGUGUAAGUCAUCAGCGCGGCUCUUUUGAAUUCCCGACACGGGCCAAGAGAGAGACUGGAGUCGGAUAAAAAACAUUCCAAAUAAAUAUGGAAAACGUAAAACAACGCGGGGGUCUCCAAUCAGGCAACCGUAAAAGAUAUCAGGUUGGACUGGAGGACCAGGCUAAGCAACAGGAGGCCGCAGCCAAGAGAGGAUGGCGAGAGAUGAGCUAUGGCAACGGAUGGCAGGACGACAAGGAGAGCUGCAGGGGGACGAGACUGCGCAGGAGACGAGUGGCAGACACUGCGUGCCGUGGGACAGCAGGUUGGGAGACAGCCGUUGCCUAUAGUGAUCCAGGGGCGGUGGUUAAGAUGGCGGUAGUCAGGACCUCCCUGAGAAAACAGUCCAAGGCUACAGCUCCCAAGAGGAGGAAGAUCCACUCCUCCGGACUCAGGGGCAGAGGUCAGCUAAAACUGUCCAUCACACCUGACAAUGGGCUGCUGUACAUUCACAUCAUGGAGGCAAGGGGGCUGCUGGGAAGGGAGUAUCGAACAUGUGACUCCUAUGUGAAGAUGGCUAUUGUACCAAACAGUGAUUCCAGUAAACAGCAAAAAACAAAAACAACACUAGACUGCAAGAAUCCUGUCUUCCAUGAAACUUUUGUUUUCACUGUAGGGGCUGAGGAGAAUGAGAAGAGGCUCAUGGUCUCUGUGUGGAAUCAUAAUAAAAGCUUGAGGAAAAAUGAGAUCCUGGGCUGUAUGAGUUUCGGUAUUCGCUCCCUUACCACACUGGCCAAGGAAAUCAGUGGCUGGUACUACCUACUAAACGAAGACCUCGGUAAGACCAAGCAUCUGAAAGUGGCCUCACGACGUCUCAAACCCAAACCUGGCAGUGCUUUGUCAAGCAAUGAUGCUCCCCCCGAGACGACGAGCCAGGAGAACAUGCAGUGCACAGCGGUGACCAUCCUGAGAGGGAAGGACGGCUAUGGCUUCACCAUUUGUUCUGACUCUCCUGUGAGAGUUCAAGCUGUGGAUCCAGGUGGUCCAGCAGAUGAAGCUGGCCUUCAGCAGUUUGACACCAUUCUGCAUCUGAAUGGCCAACCUGUUGAACACUGGAAGUGUGUGGAUGUUGCCCAUGCAAUUAGGAGCUGCCGGUCUGAAAUCAAAUUGACAGUAUGGCGUACAGUGCCCAUCAUGAAGCCAGGGUUCGAAGGCCUGAUUCACAGGCCAUCUUACAAGCCAUCUGGUUGCACCGCAAUGUCACCCCCUAGCAAGAAACGUGAGAAGACCCCCUUAAAACUUACUCAGCAAGGACAGAGUCAUCGUAUACUUGUAAAUGGGCUAGAGGGUGGUAAUGGAGAGCUAGGAAGUCCUUGGGGUGAGCGGCAAGAGGAAAGCAACAGGGCCCGGACACAGACUGCGACGCUGAAGGGCACACAUGUGACAUCAUCAACUGGAGACAACUACAUUAUCCUGACAGCAAUUAACCCUGGGAACCAGAUGUUGCAGCCUUAUUAUCAGGAUGACCCCGGUGCUCUCGGGAAGUCGUACCCAACUUGUCCAACCAGUGGGUUCCAGCCGGACACUGAAUCGCAGGGCAGGCCUACUUUCCUGCGGAAAUCCUCGACGAGCAAGUCCGCUAAAGACCUUGCCUCUGCUGGCUACCAGCAGAACUACGCCAACUACCAGAACUGCACAAUCGUCCGGUCCCAUGUUCCUCAAACUAGCUACAGCACAUAUGUCAAGCUGGCGCCCAAAAUACUCAUCUUCCCUAUUUUUGUACAGCCCCUGGACCUUUGCAGUCCAGCCCGAUCACUGGUUCUGUUAGAGGAAAUGAUGCUGCAUGAGAGCAAACACCUGUCCACCAAGGUGACCGUGUUCAUCUAUACUGACCUGAUGCUGCUGACGCGGGAGGACGAGCCUGGCCGCUGCAAUGUGCUGCAGAACCCCCUGUUCCUCCAUCACCUCUGUCUGCGAGAUGAUCCCACUGAGGAACUGAGGUUCUACAUAAUCCACACGACUGAGAGGAGCGAGCACCUGGUCAGUCUGGAAACGUACUCUGUGGAUCAGAAGAGGCGAGUGUAUGAGUGCCUGAGGGACAACAUAGACAAGCAGAGGCUGCAGCGGGAGAGGUCCAGUCUCGUUGGGCAGAUGCUGGAUCCCGAGGCUGACGAGCAUUGCCAGUUGAGGGUGCUUCAUCAGGGGCACCACAGCUUGGGGGAGGACUGUCCGCCCAUCAUGGGCAGCACUCAACCAGAGCAGCUGGCGCAACGGGACCAAGCGUGCACUGUAUCGGACAAUGGGCAGAAGGUGGUGCCCCCCCCAACUACCUCCACCCAGGGAGAGGACUGCAAAAGCAAGGAAGCUUGGAGCGCUGGGAUUUUGCAGGAGGCUAGGGGUGAAGCCAAGGGAACGGACCGCAUGGAUGAAGGAAGAAAAGGCACCGAGCGCCUGCCUUCAUGCUCGUCCACUUCCUUCAUCAUCCCCGAGCUGCGGCUUGAGCGGGCCUUCAGUGCCGACGGCCUGUCUUCCCCCCCAGCGACAGAUGGGGAUGAUGAGGAUGAUGAGGAGGAAGAGGAAGAAGAGGAAGACAGCGACGAGAACUGCUUGAAGCACAGCAACGGCAAACGGUGCAGCAUGGUGGAGGCCUCACCAUGCAAGAAGCACCAGAGCGGUCUGAGUGUGCAGGGCUCCCUGCGACGUCGCACGCACAGCGAGGGCAGCCUGCUUCAGGAACCCCGGUCACCCUGCUUCGCCUCUGAUAACGCCAUCCACUGCAUGGAGUCGGCGGGGGGCCACAAGGGCGGCUGGACUCUGCCUUCCCCCAAGACCUUAAAGAAGGAGCUGGCCAAGAAUGGAGGAUCCAUGCAUCAGCUAUACAUGCUCUUCUCUGGGAGGAAGCUCAGUGGAUCUGAAUGUAGCUGUGAAGACGGAUCCGAGGGCAACAGAAAGAAGAAACCCAAGAACCUGGCCAAAGACAUGAAGAACCGCCUGGCCUUCCUGAGGAGGAGGAAUGAGUCUCCCGGAAGUAACUCAGCCGGAAAGCUGGACAAAGCCAUGAAGUCAGUCAAGCCCACCCCGGAGGAGGCACUGAGGUGGGGGGAGUCCUUGGAGAAGCUGCUGGUCCACAAAUAUGGCCUGGCUGCCUUUAGAGCCUUUCUGCGAACAGAAUUCAGUGAAGAGAAUCUGGAAUUCUGGCUGGCGUGUGAGGAUUACAAGAAGAUUAAAUCGCAGUCCAAGAUGGCGUCCAAAGCAAAAAAAAUAUUUUCUGAGUUCAUCGCUGUACAGUCCUGCAAGGAGGUUAACCUGGAUGCGCAAACAAGAGAGCACACCAAGGACAACCUGCAGAACAUCUCCUGCUCGUGUUUUGACCAGGCCCAGAGGAAGAUAUAUGGACUCAUGGAGAGAGACUCCUACCCUCGUUUCCUGCGCUCAGAACUUUACUUGGACUUGAUCAACCAAAAAAAGGCGAAUUCGACGUCAGCCUCUUCGUCGUAAGGUCGCAGAGGGGGAGAACUGUGGAAGGGCUAGGUCGAUUUCAGAUUUCUUUCUCAAUUUGCACGUUUGAAAAUGAAUGAGCACUGAGGGAUGGUGUGUGUACAAGGAGAGGGGCGGACACCCUGAGGGGUCAUGACAGGCCCACCUGGAUGGGGGUUGCUGGGCAGGCCCACGACAGGGGGACAGCAUACCUUUAUUGCUACAGUUAUUAAUGUAUUGCUGAAAAAAUAUCUAAUUUUGGUGACCAAUGUUUCUCAACCCUAUUUUCAGGACACCCCCCCCAACCAGUCCACCUUUUUUUCCUAGUAAAAAGGUGGACUGUCUUUGAGGGAACUGGGAGGGAGCAAAAACGUGGGGUCCCCGAGGACCGGGUUGGGAAACAUUGCUUUAGUCCUUAUUUGGAAAUUCUGCUUCCUCUCUUAAAACAUUUAUACUACAAAUAAGCAAUACAUUUCCAUUAGUCAUUUUCUUUAUGGCCGUUAUAGAAAAAGUAGAUGAAACGUGACAGCUGCAGGCUUAUUUAUGAGUAAUAAGGGUGGUUAGGGGGUUUUUCUUUCUUAGAGUUUUAACUACGCCGUUUAUGCCCUGCCAUCUACCCAGCACCCCCACAGGUUUUUGUCUCAGCUCCUGGGUUACUUCUCCCUUUUUUAAUUCAUCAGCAGAAUGAUGGAGAGUCGAGGGGGGGCAUGAGGGUGAAAAAAAAGAUUAAUGGACAGAGCAGACAGGUGAAGCUUCCUUUGCUGUCCUGCUUUUCACACGCUGAUGAUCUUAGAAGGACCUGCAGCCAGUCUUCAAAGACCAUACAUGGCUGAGAUAACCUGUGGAGCCAUUAAACAACUUCUCAUAGAGCCAGUCUGGACAGAGCAGUUCCCUCAGGGCGUCAAGACACUUGAUCGUGAAGCUUCCAGGUGUGGUUUCUGAUGUUUCCUAGUAUUGCUGAUCAUAACCUGCUUUUACUCUGCAGACACAGUGGUACACUGUAAAGGGUUUACCUUCCUUGUUUCUGGACAAAGGUUUUAUUUAUUCUGACAAUAUUGCUGGAAGCUUCAGUUAGGCGACUAUAAUGGAUUCUCUUCCCACCCAUGACUACAAGCCAGGCUGAAUACAUCCUCAUUUAAUGUGCAAUAUUUUUGUUCUUUCAGAUCAUUUUUUUUAACUAGACAAUAAAUGGAACUCUGUAUUAAUUUUAUUUGAAAGAGUUUAUGUUCAAGUUAUUAUGUUCAAAGAAUGAUUAACAAUGUAAAUAUCAUGAGCAUUUACAAAAAACAAAGAUAGAGUUUUAAGUGUUUUCUCCUAGCAGCAGGCAGCUAGGGCUCGAAGAUGUAAAUAUAAUUCUUAAGAAAAACUUCCAAAAGGAAAAAAACACGUGACAUGACAAACAUGGUUGUAUCUAUGUAUAUAUGAGACUUAAACUAUAAAAUGAUACGCAUUACAAAGCAGGAGGAGAUCGAUGAAAUCUGUACCUUCUCAGUCACACACUGCUUGUAAGGAGUUUUAGUAAAUAUAUCUGAUCAUUUUCACUGUUUACAGCUGAAAGCAUCUCCCAAGAUAGCAACACAUUGUGUCACUGCAAACAAUGAAUAAAAUAACAAAACCA